GCGAGCUGACGUAGCCGGAAGAGGAAGCGUUCUCAGGCUGUGUUGAUGUUUUGUGGCGCCUGCUCCUUCUUUGCCGGUUGAGGGGACAGUUAGUGGAAGGAUGGUGUGCGAAAAAUGUGAGAAGAAACUCGGCACAGUUAUCACUCCAGAUACAUGGAAGGACGGGGCACGGAACACCACAGAAAGCGGUGGAAGAAAGCUGAACGAAAAUAAAGCUUUGACUUCAAAAAAAGCAAGGUUUGAUCCCUAUGGAAAAAAUAAAUUCUCCACUUGCAGAAUUUGUAAAAGUUCUGUACACCAGCCAGGUUCUCAUUACUGUCAAGGCUGUGCAUACAAAAAAGGCAUCUGUGCAAUGUGUGGCAAAAAGGUUUUGGAUACCAAAAACUACAAGCAGACCUCCGUCUAGAUGUAUUGAUGAAGUUUUUGGCUGUCUAUGAUUGUACUUUCUGCUUUGACUUUUCAAGGUAUAACAUGGAUGUUUCAUCUUACAAAAUAACCUUUUUGAAGAUUAAGUCUAAGGCAGGAAAGUUGAUCUGUAUUCAGUUGUUUGCUCUCACAAAGUUCUGAACAGCAAUGAUAUAACCAGUCCUCUGCCUUCACUGGUUAUUUUCCUUGUGAACAUUUUAGUGAACUAGAGUAAGUGACAAAAUUAGUGGAAAGGUAUUCCUGAGUUCUCUAUGCACUUUCUCUGUAAUAUUAUUUACAGAAUUCUUAUCUGAUCUGUGUGUUUUAUUUAUGGAUAUUGCAAAUGUGAAAUUACUGAUCCUUUGCUCUGAACUUGACAUCCAGACUUAUUUCUUUCUUAUUCACAACUGUCACAGUUCUUUACAAUCAGCAGCCCCUCAACUAAAUGCAUUUUUAUGAGCUGUAAAUGUUCGAGGCCAUUAUUGCUAAGUGCUUUCUUAGUGACCAGUUCUGCCACACGUCUAAGACAAGCUGAAAGUUUUAUUUUAAAUUUUUGUUGAAUCUAAAGUGCCAGUUCCUGUCACCUGUGAGCAAGAGCCCAUUGAGUGCCCAUUUGUCUACAUGAGUGCACUGUAUUUCAGACAGAUGCAUUCUGUCAACAUUAUCUUCAAUUCAAGAUGUCAUGAAAUCCGGGAGAGCAGUAUUUGUCCAUAUAAAAUGAGAAUAAAUUUCUUCUGUUUGGGUAUGUCCUUUGAAGCAGGAAACAAACUUUUCUAAACCUCUCUACCCCUCCCCCAAGAAAUAAAUAAAGCAAACAUCCUGACUCUUU